GUGGCUGGGAAAUUUUAACUUCUUUAAUGUAAAUUUGUAAAAUUUCAUUGUUAGCAAGUGUAAGAACAACAGAAUUCCAUGAGUUUCUGACGCUUUGUUGCACCUUAUCUUCAAUUUACUAUCUUUGCUUCUAAAGUUCGUAUUUUAGUAAAAAUUAAAAUAAAUUAAACCAACCGAAAAAAACAGACACGUAAACGUCAUCGAUCGGUUCGAAGAUGGACAAAUUAUAAUUGAUCGGCAGAUAACGGUUGCAAACAUCUUCCCAUGUUUCCUCAACUUGUAACAAAACAAACAAGAAAUUCUCUUGUUAAAUUUUUAUUUUCAUGUCAUAAUGUUAAUAAAAAAUUCUCUCUACCGAUAUCAACUUCUACUGUUGGUAACCAAGGAUGUAAUUCAACAAAUUUUUCUCCUCCACCUCCAAAAAAAUCAAAUAAAGCUACUAAACAAGUGUCAAAGAGUAGGAAAAUAUCCGAAGAUAUAACAGCAAAACGAGAAACUAAAGAGAAAAAGAUUCGUGUUGUUGAAACUCCCAGAUUAGCUUCUGAAGCAUCUUUUAAAUUUGAUGAUAAAAAAAGAUUUAAAAAUGAAUUAAAAUUAAAAAGAUUUGAAUAUGGUAGUUUAGCACAACCGCCAAAUGAUAAUAAUAACAGAAUUAGGAAUCAGCAAUUUAGGGAAGAAUUAGAAUUAAGCCAAAGAAAAAAAGAAUGGUAUAUUAAAAUAAGACAAGAAAGAAAAGCAAAAUUAGAUAAAAUUAAUGAAACCAUUAAAAUUUUAUCCUUAUCUUCUAAUCCAAAAGAAUUUUGCAGUGUUAAAUAUAGUGAAAUGAAAAGAGAAAAUGCUCUCGAAAAUUAUCGUAAGCGAGAAUUAGGAAAAUGUAGAGAAAGAAGAAUAAAUUUAUUAAAUUUAUACUAUAAUUCUUCAGAUUUUGUUACUUUAAAUAACUUAGACACAAAGAUUGCUGAUAUGUAUGAUGAAGUAAGACAACCUUUUACGACAACUCUUGAAGAUAUGCAAAUCGAUUAUCUAGAAGGUGGUGGCAUUGUUGAUGAUUUAGAACUUAAAAGAAGAUUGGAUAGAAUUAAAGAUAUUUUGAGUGAUACGUCUCAAGGUGGAAAUCAAAAGCUUGGUCUAAAUAAAAUUGAAGAAUUGCAUAAAAGAAAAGAAUCAGAAACGAAAUCUUUACAUUCGAAUAUAGAAUUGGAACCAAAACUUGCACAAUCAUUAGAUUCUUGAAGCUUGUCUAUAUUU